UGGGAUGGAAGCGAAAACACUUUUUAUGUUUGUCGUUUCUGAUACUUUCUUCGUACCUUUUUUACUUGUGUUUCAUCAAUUUGAACUUGAAAUGGAGAGAACACUUGAAACGUAAUGACUCCAAAGUGAAAACGCAAACACUCAGGAUUUCGAACACAGCAAAGUUUGUUUCUUAUUCAAAUGAGACGUCCUCUUGGAGAGAUUCAAUGGCUUUCAUUCAUUCGGAUAUGACCUAUUCCAGUGCGGUGAAUAACAAGGCUCUCUACAUAUUAAUUUUGCCGUAUUCAACCCAAGAGAAGGAUAUUGAUCGUGAAUUGGAGGAGGAAAACAAAUAUUCCGUAAGUAAGUUGCGUGAAUUUCUUCGUUCAGGGAAGCAGUUUCAUGGUGCAACUUGUAUGCAACAGCAGAAAAACCAUAAAAUCAAAGCUUCUGAGAAUUUGCAAUUAGAUCAGUCUUGGUGUCGUUUUUUGAAAAAGAUGUGGAGCGUUCACAUUAGAAAUGCAGGCCCUGUGAAAAACGUCGCAUUACAAAAGUCUGGUCAGCUUCACUCGGACAGUGAAACUGGGACAAGUGAUACGUUUGUACAAACCUGUAAUGUCACCCAAGGUCCAAUUGUGAUUAGAAAGGACGUGUUUCAAAAAAUAGGAGGAUUAAUGGACGGUUUUGGGAAAUUAUCGUUGUUGGAAUUUUUUCUACGAUCGAAGGGUGAUCUGAAGAUAGCAAAGCUUGGUUCUUGCGCUUGGACACCCAGAAUCACGCGCGCGGAUCGGGGAAAACUUGAGGGCUCAAACGAGGUUCCUGAAUAUACAAAUUUUGCCAAUAAACAUGCGGUACUUCGGAUCGUAACUGAGAAUAGAAUAGAAUGGACAGCUUGCGUCGCAAACUGGAAGAUGUGCCCAGAGAAACCUUAUGUGGAGCCACGAGGUCUGCCCGACGUAGCUGCACCGAUUUGUUGCAGCGCCGUUUUAUGGAAAAUGCUGAGCGAUUUUGUAAUGGGGCUGAACAAACUGGGGCUUGAAUACCGUAUUGUUGACGGCACCUUGUUAGGGGCUGUCAGGAGUAAAGCGAUCAUACCAUGGACAUACGACAUAGAUAUUGCACUACCUACUGCUGUGUAUAAGAAUGCUUCAACGUAUUCUACCCUAGAAAAAGUUCUCGAAAACCAAUACUAUGCCGGGAUGUCUUUCAUGAACAUGCCCAGGGGACAUAUUCUUGUGCCCCCAUACAUAGACGUAAAUACAGCCCCUUAUUUUGACGGGCCUGACGACUUAGAGGGCAAAGCAUUGUUCAGCAGAGAAUUGGAAGAAGCGGUGAAGGGAAUGUUGCCAGUGUCUCAUCAUUGGAGACAACGAGGCUAUGUGGAUUUUUACGAGGCAGGUCACGCUCUAAUGGAAGGAUCUUCCCUUGUUACUAUCAACAAUGAAGAAUUCGUGACCGUGAAAGAUGCGAAUAAAAUGCUGAGUUUCAAUUACGGCGAGAACUACCUGCAACCAGCAUUGAAAGGACAGUGGUCUGGUUUGUCAGAUAGCAAUGGUUUCUGAGGGAACUAACAACAACAACAACAACAACAAUUUUAUUGAUUUACAACAAUUUUGAUCAUUGAUUUACAAUUUACAAGUUUACUUUACAAUUUGAGAAAUGCCCACCCACAAGUUGAAACCUAGUCGAGGCGAGCGUAGGGCAAAAUAUCGACUGGACUGGACUAGACUAUUUUUUGGACGAUUUUUUGGACUAUUUUCUUUGAAAGAUUUUUUGGGACAUUUUCUAGGGAGGGAGG